GUGUCGGGAGCGCGCAGCGGAGGCUUGCUGACGUCACUGAAGCGCCCUGGCUGGCUCUUGUGAGGAAAAAAAAAAAAAAAAGAUGGCAAAAUCUGAUAGACAACUGUCGAGCUACUAGCAUCUAAAAUCACGGCGUUUUGCCGUCGAAUGCCCGUUGUGUCAGUGUUAGGGAAGCGGUGCUGAUUUUGGAUGCUAGCGGAGGAAGAAAGCUAGUUUAUUGCAGAGGUUCUCACCGCUGGCUAUUGUGUUGUUAGUAGCGAGGAAAAAAAAGAAGAAGAAGAAGAAGAAGCGACCACCUACAUGGAUCACACCGGCCUCCAUAUGUCACAGUGAACGCGUGUUGACGGGAAUGACAGAUCAGCGUCACAUUUAGCAACGGCUCCUGUUGGAAACGGGACGUCUGCUUAUGCCGCCUGUCAGUCGAAGUGGAGAGACUUCUUCAAUCAUGAACAUUGUGCCUUUGGCCUUCAGCUGAGCAACACCAAUCCCAAGCACAAAUCUGCGUGAUUAUUAGCAGACACAAGGAAACCAAGCCCACUUUUGCUGCUAGCCUUGAGUCCUCCGUUCAGGAGAACAUGUAUGGUAGCGCUCGCUCUGUUGGCAGAGGCGAUGCCAACCACAGUGGAGGGAGGGAUGCAGGCGGGGGUGGAAAUCAGGGAUCGGGUCGCUCCCCUCGCCUCCCUCGCUCCCCCCGCAUGGGUCACCGUCGCACCAACAGCACCGGGGGCAGCGGAGGAGGACCCGGAGGCCCGGGAGGCAAGACGCUCUCCAUGGAGAACAUCCAGUCUCUCAACGCGGCGUACGCCACCUCAGGACCGAUGUACCUGAGCGACAAUGAGGUGGCCGUGGGGGAGCACAUCCCCAAAAGUGGAGGCGUGGCAACGACCACCAUGGGACGGCAGCGAGUGACCUACGGAUCGAGGAGCGGCGGCGGAAGCGGCGUGGUGGCGGCGAGCACGCCCAACAUCUCCGCCUCGGUACCGUCGAGCGCGGUGCUUCCCGUGGGCUUGAUGGCGGGGGACGCUUUGGCUUUUGGAGACCACCACAUGGCCUCCACGGUACCCCAUUCUUUAAGGCAGGCAAGGGACAACACCAUACUUGACCUUCAGGCCCAACUCAAAGAGGUUCUGCGAGAAAACGAGUUGUUGCGGCGGGAAGUGGAAGUCAAAGAGAGCAAGCUGAGCUCGUCCAUGAAUUCCAUUAAGACAUUUUGGAGCCCGGAGCUGAAAAAGGAGCGGGCACUCCGCAAAGAUGAGGUGUCAAAGAUCUCCGUUUGGAAGGAACAAUACCGUGUGAUUCAAGACGAAGCUCAGCAUCUCCAGAUGACCGUGCAGGCGCUCCAGGAUGAGCUGAGGAUCCAGAGGGACCUGAACCAGCUGCUCCAGCAAGACCCCGCCGGCCAAGGCCGGGACCUGGCCCUGGCGUCGGAACCGACAGAGGAGAACUUCAGACGGCUCCAUUGCGAGCACGACCGGCAGGCCAAGGAGCUCUUUCUCCUCAGAAAAACUUUGGAGGAGAUGGAGCUGAGGAUUGACACGCAGAAGCAAACCCUGGGGGCCCGUGACGAAUCCAUCAAGAAACUCCUAGAGAUGUUGCAAAGCAGAGGUCCAUCUGCUAAGGCAUCAGAGGAGGACCAGGAGCGCACCAGGAGGCUGGCGGACGCAGAGAUGCACCGGCAUCACCUUGAAAGUUUACUGGAUCAGCGAGACAGAGAGACAACUGCAUUGAGAGAAGAGCUGCAUCGCAGAUAUGAGGGAACACCAGAGUCCACCAAAACGAAGGCUUUACAGACGGUCAUUGACAUGAAGGAUGCGAAGAUCAACUCGAUGGAACGCAGCCUGAGGGACAUGGAGGAGGAGCUGCUCAUGAUGAAGUCUAACGGACUUCUGAGCUGUGAGGAGCGUCAGGAGGAGAUGAAGCAGAUGGAGGUCUACCGCAGCCACACCAAGUUCAUGAAGAACAAGAUGGAGCAGGUGAAGCAGGACCUCUCCAGGAAGGACACUGAGCUGCUGGGCCUGCAGACCAAGCUGGAGACGCUCACCAACCAGUUUUCAGACAGCAAACAGCACAUUGAAGUCCUCAAGGAGUCCCUUACUGCCAAGGAGCAGAGAGCUGCCAUUUUACAGACAGAGGUGGAUGCCUUGCGUCUGCGCUUGGAAGAGAAAGAGGCCACUCUGAAUAAGAAGAGCAAGCAGAUCCAAGAAGUGUCCGAAGAGAAGGGCACGCUCAGUGGAGAGAUCCACGACCUCAAGGACAUGCUUGAAGUGAAGGAGCGCAAAGUCAACGUGCUCCAGAAGAAGAUUGAGAACCUGCAGGAGCAGCUUAGGGACAAGGAGAAGCAGAUGAGCAGCCUGAAGGAGAGAGUUAAGUCUUUGCAGGCCGACACUUCCAACACGGACACUGCUCUCACAACGCUGGAGGAGUCUCUUGCUGAAAAGGAGCGCAUCAUCGAACGACUGAAGGAGCAGCGAGACAGAGACGACCGAGAGAAGACGGAGGAGCUGGAGUGCACCAAGAAGGAGCUGAAAGAGCUGAAGGAGCGGUUGACUUUACUGCAGGGAGACCUGUCAGACAGAGAGACGUCUCUGCUGGACCUGAAGGAGCACGCGUCAUCGCUGGCCUCCUCUGGCCUGAAGAAGGACUCCAAACUAAAGAGUCUGGAAAUUGCCCUUGAGCAGAAGCGGGAGGAGUGUCUCAAACUGGAUAACCACCUAAAGAGAGCUCAGAAUGCAGCUCUGGAGGCUCAGGCCAACACCGAGCUGGCGGAGCGCAUUAAGAGCCUGGAACAGGAAGCGGUCCGCCACAAAGAGGAUUCUGGCAAGGCGCAAGCCGAGGUGGACCGCCUCCUGGAGAUCCUGCGGGAAAUGGAAAAUGAGAAAAAUGACAAAGACAAGAAGAUCAACGAGCUGGAGGGGCAAAUGAAAGACCAGACAAAGAAGGUUGCAUCGCUGAAGCACAAGGAGCAGGUGGAGAAAAGUAAGAAUGCUCGGCUGAUGGAAGAGGCCAAGAAGCGCGAGGACAACAUGUCUGAGAGCUCCUUGCAGGUGAAGGACUCUUUGCGUCAGAAGUCGGAGCGCAUCGAGGAGCUGGAGGAGGCGCUGAGAGAGAGCGUGCAGAUCACCGCCGAGCGAGAGAUGGUGCUCGCCCAAGAGGAGGCUGCCAGGUCUCUGCAGGAGAAACAGAAGUACUCACUCAAUGCAAUGCAUGAGUCCAACCUCGCCCACUUAAAGUGGUCCAAGAUGGAGGAGCUGCUAGGGGCCAUGGAGAAGGUGAAGCAGGAGCUGGAGUCCAUGCGGGCCAAGCUGUCCUCCACCCAGCAGUCUCUGUGCGAGAAGGAGGCCCACCUGACCACACUGCGAGCCGAGCGCAGGAAGCACCUCGAGGAGGUGCUGGAGAUGAAGCAGGAGGCGCUGCUGGCUGCCAUCAGUGAGAAGGACGCAAACAUUGCCCUGCUGGAGUUGUCGUCCUCCAAGAAGAAGAAGACCCAGGAUGAAGUGUCUUUGUUGAAGAGAGAGAAAGAUCGACUGGUGCAACAGCUCAAGCAGCAGACUCAGAACCGCAUGAAGCUGAUGGCGGACAACUAUGAGGACGAACACCUGAAGACGGCCCCCGACCAGACAAACCACAAGCCCUCCCCGGACCAGAUGACAACCCCCGUUGUAGCCCUGUGCCAGAACCGCAGCAAGCUCAAGCUCUACAUCGCCCACCUGACCGACCUCUGCCACGACCGCGACCCGAGCAUCCUCGGCCGGCUGGCGCCGCCCGCCCACUACCACCGCAGCGACCCGGACGAUUGGGAGGAGGAGCUCCUGAAGAUGACGGCCGAACAGUUGGAGAAGGAGCUCGAGCUGUGCGAGAAGGAAAGCGGCGACCUGCAGGAGUACGCCAACUGUGUCCUGCAGCAGAUCGCCGACUGCUGCCCUGACAUCUUGGAGCAGGUUGUCAACGCGCUGGAGGAAUCGUGCUGACCCGCGGGAAGGGAGCGGCUUGGAGCUUUGAGGUUUGAGGUUUGGGGUGCUCGCGGCGGGAGAGCGCACUUCACCUCCGACCUUUUACAAGGCCCUCCCCGACGGGGUUACAACACUGGCCGAACCCACCAAAAAAAACUCACCUGAGACUGCUUUCCUGUCCCAUUUCCACAUAUUUGAUGAACACAUUCAUGUGUUCAGACACAAGCGGGGGGAAGAAAGCAGCACAAUAUUUCACAUAACACAACAUUAUUGCACAAUUUGAGAAUACAGAGCAACUUCUAGGGUCACGCACACAUUUCCUUUUUCUACAGCGCUUUGACUAACUGGAGCAUGUCCCGGGGGACCCCGGAUUGGUCGACAGCCAAUCGGAGGGACCAUUUAGACAAACCCCCGCAGCCACGCCUACGGACAAUUGAGUCUUUAAAGAAUAGCAAGAUUAGAUUAUUAAAAGGCGCUAAAGAGAGUAUGAAGUACUGCCCCAACAAAUGCUUAGCGCUACCAUAAUGAUCAACAUUAAAAUCGUCAAUCGUUAACCUAGCUUAGUCAUGUAAGUCAUUUUCAACUUAGUGAUACCAAAUCAAUAACUACAAAAUAAUGGCUUUUCCCCCAAAAACAUUCAAAUAUGACCUCGGCAACUAUGUGUAGCCUAACGAAAUAAAGUAAUGUCGUGGGUCAGGUGGUCAUUUUAUUCCUAAAAUGUAUUUUUAAUAUUAUUGUUCCUGUAAUUUGAACAUUCACACUGCGCUUAAAUGUUGGAAAAUGUGCGCUUAGACGAAAUGUUUGAAAAAGAUGAAAUGCAAAUGUUUUGUACUUAAAAGUUGAAAGGUUAGUAGGGUUAGGGUUAGCCAACCUCUGUUACACAAUGCGCACUUUGAACAUUUCAGUCAGUAAUUCUUUUUUGUGCCACGAGGGAGAGCACUUGUACCGACCGCACUUUAAGAAUCGCUGGUCCGAGUGUUGCAACAAUCAAACAAAAAGCAUAUACAACCAAAAGGUAUCCAGUAAGCUACGCUGAGUUCUCAUUCACAAGGGCAAUUGAAAUUCAAACUCGGGCUGAUUUUCCCCAAAAUUCAAAAUCUCCACUGUAUUGAGAUAUCAUACUUGAGCACAAAGUCCGAAAGUUUACUGCAGGCGCUCGUCUCUGCGAAUGGCGGCACGCACCGUGGAAUCGAGCGCAUUUCUGGCAGCGUUACACAUCUAUGAAGCUUUUUUUUCAAUUGUAUUUUUGGAAUGAAAAGGGCUUGAUUGGUUGUUCACGCGGGACAGGAAAGCACUCGGGCUGGUGGCGAACCGUGGGAGUCAGAAUUCCCUCCUGCAAGCCGCUGGUGGGAAAAUCAUUCCAUCUCUGAGCUGCGGCUCGUUUGGAUUAGAUCUGCUGGGACUCGUGCCGUCCUUUUCAAGGAGACGUAUUAUGCUUUAUUUCUUUUUUUCUCCACAAUUUAAAAGGUGUCUUCAUCAAAACUCGCUGACAUUCUUCGACUUUGUUAAAAUGAUGACCACGGCGGCAGUUGAGCACGCGGGGAAGCAAGCGGCUACUCGGCGUCGCCAACUUAGCGACUUUGCGGCUAUACAGUGACGCUUCGAGAUGCGAGUUUUUUUAAUGUCGUGACCACGCCUCUAAGUCAUGAGUUUGAAAUGAAUGGAAAUCCCAUGAAUCCAUUCCAGCCUCCCAAGCAAAUUCAACAAAAAUGUUUGUAAUGUAACUUCCUUCCAUCCAUUUUCUUUACCGCUUAUCCUCACUAGUGCGAUCAUGAAAACUUUGUAAAACCAAACAGUAAAUGUAUAAUGCAAUGAAAUUUAAAGAAAUGAGACAGUUUUUGCCCCAUUUUUAGCUUUGAUUCAAUGGACAUUGUGCUGCUCCUUCUGGUAUGUGUGCGCCUUGGCCACCUGGUGGCAGUAUAAUACAGAGAUACAAUACUGUGCAUGGAGGCAGUCUCAACUCUUCUGUAAGGUGCAGUAAUAUUAGUUUAUUUCUUCACAUUCACUUGCAUUAUAUUAUUGUUUUAUCAUGUUUUUGUCUGUUGCAUUUUUUAGAGCUGGAACUGAUUUAAGGGCAUUUUCCUUCAUUUCACUGGGGAAAUUUGAUUUUAGAUACCAGUCAAUGGAGUUUCGAGCUUGGUCACAAAACAAAUUAAACUCAUAAGUCAAGGUUCCACUGUAUUUCUAUACAAGACAUUAAAUAGUCAAUUUUCAUAAUAUGUCCCCUUCAAUGUAAGGAUGAAAGAGAGAGAGAGAGAGAGACAAUUAAAGCAUUUUUAAUUUACUUUGUCAGUGGUUUUGCACAUGGCGUCCACUUAUGUGGUAUGCAAUGUUUCUUUGGAGAACGUUCUAGUGGCCUUGGAGCAUGCGAGGGACGGGGGGAGUCUGUUGCAGACAUAGCCUACGGAUGUGUGUUCCUCUGUACUAUUGGUGCUAUCAAGGCAUGAUGUAAGAAUUUGUCUCCGUUGUCCAUUCUGCAUCAAUCCAAAGUUCCUGUUAGAAGUCCCACAAUGACCAAUGUUCAGUUGGACAAAAUGCAACAACAAAAGCAAGCAACGGCUCCCUACUUAGAUUUUUUAAUUUUGGAUUUUUUUCCAGUGAUCUCUUCAGGGCUCUUUCAAUUAGACUUUUUAAGAUCCGUUUGUAAAUAACGUGAUAUUUGACACGUGCCGUGACUGAAUUGAGGUAAUUAAGUGGGCCAUGUCGUGUGUUCUUUUUGGAGAUUUUAAAAAGAAGAACAAAAACAUAACUUUAAAAAGCAGUGCUGUUGUCUACUUUUGUCACAAAGUCAAAACGUGUGUGAGUACUGCUGACUUAAGUAUGGAGAAUCCUCUACAGAAAUAUAUGAAUAUAAAUGCAUAGAUAUGUAUAAAUGUUACCUGUAUGGCUAUACAUUGAAUGUUUGCACAGAAUCCCGAUGAGCGAACGGCUCCCGACAGAAAGUGAGUUGGUGUCGCCGGGGAAAAGAAAAUUCGAAACGUUUCCAAACCGCGUGAUUGUUUGAUGGGGAGAGAGUACUUUUUGUGUUUUUGUUUUGAAUAUUUCAUGCUGAUCGUCACUGAGCUCCGUGUAAGCCUGACAUUAGUGUCAAGCUCUUCAGUUACAGUGGCGCCUCCAAAGUCCGAAAGGGGGCAGUUUGGACUUCAAACCAAACCAUUGCGUACGUUUUGCUUUUGUUGCAGGGCUGCAUCGAUUAAUUGAAUAACGUGAGUAAUUGGUUUUCCAAAAAAGGUCAAAGCAAAAAUCUCUGCCUUGAAGCGUCGCACACGCGCUGCCGAUGGCCAAAGGUCACCCCGAGUCACUCAACGUGGACUGGCUCAUGAGUGAGGCAGUUAACAGCCCGCCAACUUGACGAUCUGCACCGUAUCGUUUCAUAAUACAAAAUCCAUUUUUGGCCGAUGACUCUAUUAAUCAUUGGGAUAAUUUGUUGAAUACUUGAUUUUAAAAAUAUUCCAUGGCUGCAGCCCUGCACAGAAGGGUACAAAGCGAUGGGGAAAAAGAGGAAAAAACAUAACCAGAAAUGGAAUUUAGGUUCUGUGAACAGCUUCCAAUUAAAAUAUGUCAGGCAUCUUCAAUGAGUGGUUUGACGUCAUUGUUGUUCCCCCCCCACCCCCCCACUGUGACAGAAUUUGAGUGAAAACAUUGCCCGCUGAGUUCCUGGAAUAUAAUAUAAAUUGUUUAAUGAGAAGUCUGGUAUAGACUUUCUUCUGUGGAAAUGACAAGUUCACUGUUGGACUUUGGACGUUCCGCUGUACUGUACCGUGUGGCAGGCCCGGGAAGAAAAUGCGUCUCUAUUCGAGAAAACAACUUGUCGUUACGUAAACUACUUGUGUGUGUGUGUGCGCUUCAUGAAUCGGAAGGUGGACUCCCCACCGCGGUGACCGAGUGUGUGUGUGUGUCCUUGCAUUUGCCUUAAUGUCUCAUCUCGUCUGUUGAGGAAUUCAAGUGACUUUAUUUUUCAAUUUUAUAUUAUUAUUCAUAGGAAUUCCUUUCUUUUUGGCAUUUGUAGAAUAAAUGUGUUCUACCUUGGAUUUGUUGAUUUGCUCAAAAGAAAACCCGGCUAUGUUUGUGAAUUGUUUGGAUUUUGUAUGUAUGUAUAUAAAUAAAUUAUAAGCCUUG